UGAAGAAGUCUACUACUUUUGUCAAUCUUCCUAACUACUACACUAAUAAUAACAAGAAAGGAAGAAACGAUGUAGGGAGAUUAGUGUUGUUUCUGUUAUGGGUAAUUGGUGUUACCUCAAUUUUCACUGUUUUCAUUAUUUAUUCUCCCAACCCUUUCAGUUACAAGGCUAAGGAGAAGCAGCAUAAUUUGGCGAAAAACUAUAGUGCAUUUUACGAAUGGAGUUUGAAGAACAUUUCGGUUCCUACACUGCCAAUGUUUCUGAAGAACCCAUUGGAUAACACUGUCAAUGUUUCUCAGAAGCAUGUAAAUCAUACUGCCAUGGCCAUUAACCCCAAAAAGGAGAGGGUUGCUGAGAAAAAGUGCGACUUGUUCAAGGGGAGAUGGAUUCCGGACCUUAACGGAUCACUAUACACAAAUUGGAGUUGUCCAACAAUGCCCAGCUCCAAAAAUUGCCAUAAACAUGGAAGAAAGGACGUUGAUUACAUGAAUUGGAGAUGGAAACCAAAUGAAUGUGAGCUUCCCAGAUUUAACCCCAAGACAUUCUUAUCAGUUGUUCAUGGUAAAAAGUUAGCGUUUAUUGGUGAUUCUGUUGCUCGGAACCAAAUGGAAUCUCUUCUCUGUCUCCUGUCUCAAGGUCAAACUCCAAAAGAUUUCUACAAGGACUCUGAAGAUCGAUUUAGAACAUUUUACUUUCCUUCUCAUAAUUUCACUCUAAUGGUGCAUUGGGUAAGAUUCUUGGUUGUUGCAGAAGAGAGAGGGAUUAAUGGUACGACUAAAACAUACAUCUUUGAUAUACACCUCGAUAAAAUCGAUAUUAGCUGGGCUCAGAGACUACGCGAUCUAGAUUACGCUGUCAUUUCUGAUGCUCAUUGGUUUUUCCGGAAGAAUUACUUAUAUGAAGGAGGUAGACAAAUAGGCUGUAUCUAUUGCGACGAGCCAAAUGUUCCUGAUCUUGGAGUUCCAUUCGCCGUUGGUAAAGCCUUUGGAUCCGUUCUUGAAUACAUCAAUGAUUGUAAGGAGUGCAAAAAGGGCUUAGUUACUUUUCUAAGAACGUUUUCGCCUGCACAUUUUGAGCACGGGUCUUGGAAUGGUGGAGGGACAUGUAAUAGAACAAGUCCUUACACUGAGGAACAAAUCAAUUUAGCAAGCACUGAAAUGGAAGUAAGGAGUGUUCAAGUGAAAGAGUUUGAGAAGAUUAAGAAGAGAACAGAAGGAAAGAGAUUUGAGAUUUUGGAUAUAACUAGGGCCAUGAUAAUGCGACCUGAUGGACAUCCAGACCUCCAUUGGGACAAUCAAUAUAUGAAGGGUCACAGUGAUUGUAUUCAUUGGUGCUUGCCCGGACCUAUCGAUGUAUGGAACGAUUUAUUGAUGGCCGUGCUACAGAAGGAAGAUGGUCACUCGACUCACUCCUCAAGUUAAUAUAGAGUUUCAUAUAUUGUUUGGUGGUUUUGGUUCAUAUUUAUAAUUCAAUGUAUUGAUUUUUAUUAAAAGCUUUA